AUGACCUCUUUAGACCACAAUAAUAACUUGUCACUUGUCCCCCUUCACCUCCCUCCUUCCACCUCUUGCCACUGCCCUGACCAUGUGCCGCCUAGUGAGCUUGACAAGAAAUUUGACAAAAUUUUGAACCUUAAAAUUACCUCAAAUAACAACCCUACUAACAUCCUUACUAACCUCUGUACUGGCCUCGAAACUUUCCUCGGCUUCAACUCUGACUCCAAAGGCUACGAUGGCACUGGGAUAGUGUACUCUGACCUUGACAGGCUGUGUGACGGGGUGAUGGGAUUUUUGUAUGGUGUGCUUGGUGCGGUGAAAGAUGAUGAAGCGGUUAAAACGUACUAUAAUACCGAUAAAAUGAUUACUGUACUUGAUAUAAUUAAGAAAAAAAUGCAUAACGGUCCUAGCGAAUUUGUUAACGCCGUAGAUUACGUGCGUGGCGUGUUAAGUGAUUAUCACAUUGAACUUAAUGAAAGAACUAAUAAAAUUAAUAAUUCACUUAGCGAACUCACUAAAAAAAUUGAAACAAAUAAAAACACUGUAGACUCUAAGAAAUCUAAGCCACUUGUCGACCAGUUGUCUAACUGGACUACGACAGUGGAUGGUUUAUCAAUAGACAUUAAUAAUAUCAUGACCCUAAUUAACAACUUAGAUCCUGAUCUUAGCGAUAAGCUGCGUAGUGAGAUAAAUCUUGUAGCAGGGGCAGUUACUACGAUGGCGGAGUCGACUAAGGACGGGAGGUUUCAGACCCAUAUGGCGUAUGUGGACAAGGCGAUGGAGGAGGAAGAAAACCGUAUGAGAGAGAAAGUAGAAGAGCAAAGUAAAAGAACACAAAAAACCUUAGGAGAUCAGUUUACCAACGUUUUUAAUGACGUUGGCACGUUGAGACAAAAAAAGAAAGAGCGCUUUGAUAUCAUUAAUGAGAUGAUUAAGAAGGCAAGAGAAUUCAUGGACAACUACGACAAAACUUACAUGAAUGUAAUUGAUGAAAAAUUCAGGGCCAUAGAAGUGUCAUUAAAUGACGUUAAUAAAAGCCAUCAGGUUGGUGGCAGCAAUUUAAGUUCCAGGCUAAAAAACGACGUUAAUGCAAUUAGGGGCGCUUUGUUACAAAUUGGUGACGAGAUGGAAAAGCAAGUUACGGGGCUGGAGAACUGGAUUGGCAGCGUUACAAAGCUAAUUGAUCACGCAAAGAAGCAUCAAAUUGACAAAGUGACAAAUAAGGAUGUUGCUGCAAAGUAUGUAGUGAAUGUAACAAAUAUGACUUUGAAUAUGAAAGAAUGGCAAGAUGUGCUGAACAAAUAUAUUACCAAUGUGAGGGAGGUAAUCACAACUGAGGUCAGAGAAGUUCAGCGCAAGAUUGGCACGUUAUACAAAGUUAUCGAGAGCGGAAGAGCGGAUGGAACAGCAACCCAGAAGAGCCUAUGUGAGAUAAUCGAAACAAUGCAAGGUAAAGUGGCGGAUAUAUAUGGCAAACGUAGAUAUGAAGGACUGCGCGACAUCCCUGAAAAUGUGAUGUCUUAUGCAGAUAAAUUUACCAAGGAUAAUUUCCAUACCAAGGUUUUGGAUGGAUGGCUUAGGGAUAUACUUAAGACAGAUGGAGUGGUGAAACAGCGACUGAGAGAAUGGAUAAAGGAAAACAAGGGUACGGGAAAACUGAGUGGUACCGUAGUUCACGGUAAAAUAAGUGAAGACGAAGUUAACGCAUUCGUCGAUGGCACUAAGAAAACGUUGCAUGAGCCAAUAAUAUGUCAGGUUAUGAAAGUACUGCAGCAACAAGUUAUACAAAAGGCUACAGAGAAUUUCGCGAAAGUUCACGAUGGGGUUGCGGAAAAUUUUAAAAGUGUUAAAAAUGUUUGCGAGCAGUUUGCCAAGCAGUUUGAAAGUACGGUUGACGACAAAGUUGAUCCUAUAGUCACGGCGAUAGAAUCCAGUGAUGGAUUGAACGUGAGUAGCUCUGGAUUCUCCAAAACCGAUCUCAAGCGAGCUGUUGAAAGAAUCCUCAAUAAACUUGUUACCAGAGCGAAACAUGUUGCCGAGGAAAUUGCGGUUUGUCUGGAUAGGUAUAAAAUGGGCAACGUGGACGAUGCUGUGACGAAGACUGAUAAGCUUCUAAAAAACCUAUACAAAGCGGCUGGAUCGGAGAAGUAUGCACAAAAUGUUGACGCUGCUAUAGACGCUAUUACCGACAAGGUUGACGGAAUAAAUAUAGAUUUAACCAUCUCAAAGCUCAGAGAAUGGUCCGAAGGAAUUGAAGCUAACAUCCACAGGCUUUUAUCCGAAUACUCGAAAACUGGUGAAUUUAUGCAUCGAUAUUUGUACGACUUAAAAACGGAAUUCCUGGAUACCCAACUUGCCAAAAUUCACUAUAAUUUAUACGCACUGAAAAAUGAAGAGUUUUCGCAUACACAGGGCAGGAUCCAAAGUGCCAUCAAGACUGUGAUUGCGAUUGUUGAAAACCUGGAGACUGUGCCGAGUGACGUGAGAGAGAAGAGGAGAAAAGCAGACGAGCUUAUGAAAAAAUUGAAAAUCGAUGUAGAAAGCAUUGUGAUAGGUAUUGAUCUAGCUAUAAUUACAGCCGAUCAAACGCUAACCAAAACUAUCAAUGACUUUGUAGAGGAAUUAGUCAAAUGUGAAAAAAUGUGCAAGCAAGCCGUAGACGAUCUUCGGAAUAAUAUGCUUAAUCAAAUCAAAGCUUCAUUCUCAAUCGUCACGUCUAGCGUGCAGCAGCUCUUUGCAACUGAACGACAGGCGGACUUGAGAGCUUUGGAAAUGUUAGUGGAAAGCCAAAGUAUUAUUAUUGAUGGACUCAUAUCCAAUGCCAUGAGAACAGGCGUCAUAGGCUCUAUGAAAACCUUGAGCGGUGUUCCUGCUGGUCAUAAAGGUGAUGUGACGGAAGAACAUAAUUUGCUUAUGCAGCUCAGAAAGAAAAUGGAGGAAGACGGGGAAAAGGUAGCAGAGUUAGUUCCCUACGUCCGUGCCUAUCUCCGUCCCAUUAUCGUCUACAAUAAAGACGAAAUCGAAAGACUUAUCGCCUCCCACCCUUCUCCCUCCACCGACUACCCCUCUCAACUCAAGGCCAUUUUCGACAAACUCGUCGAACUUCUUAAUCACCUCGAAAAAGACAAGUUAUAUAACUACGACCAUAAUUUCGUUGAUUUACUCGCCUCCCUCAACUCUCUUGUUGACUCCCUCUCUCCCUCCUUCACCUCCCCCUGCCCCCUCCUCGCCCCCCUCAAGUCCGGCCUCUCCAACUUCGCCGCGCAACUCGGCCACGCGUACGUGAACAGGUACUCGGGGAAACAAUUCAACGGGGGUCUAAUUGUUACUAAAACCAUUACUGACGACACCAAACAACCUCCUAACUCCCCCAAAACUAUUGAGGAAUUAACCCCUGAGGGCCGCAACUGCGCCAAGGUCUGCCUGACGAUAGUGGAGAUGGUCAAAGGGGAGUUGGAUGUGUUGGGAGAGAAAUGCAAAUUAGAUUGGCAUUCUAAACAAAUAGAUCGUAUUAGUGUUCUUGGUUCAUUUUUAGCGAAAUGCGGCUACGUUGUUUCCGAUAGGGAUAAGCAGGACGGUGAACUGCAGCGCAGUGACAAGAUGAUGGGUUCACAUAUUCAUGCAAAAAUUAGGCACGCACUUACGAACGUCGAGAACAUCAAAACACAUCUUUUGAAGUGCAAAUCAAACGAGGAUGAGAAGACCGGCAGAAAAAAGAAAAGUGAUAAGUUCCACGUCCUUGAUGUACUUGGCUGCCUACAUCAUCACCUCGAGACCUAUUACACUGUCGGUCACAUGGCAACUUUCACUGCCAAACGUAAUCCAUGUUCCGUGUACGAGAUGCUCGUUUGGUGCGCUGGUUUGAAUUACAGUUUGAUUUAUGAUACGUUUUUGCGCGAAGGUUUUACUGGUCUGCUGCAGAAGCCUGAGAGGAAGACUGUGCAGACCGGUGAAGAUUUGGGUUUUGAAAUCGAAUUUGAUGAUAUGAAAUCCUACUACCUAGACGCGUAUCCAGGUGUCAUCAAAUACGAUCAUAUAAGUGCAGCGGUCAACCAUAUUUGCGCAACAUCGCAUGACGUGCUGACUCGAAUCAUCGGUCACGGCGACGAAUACACAACGUACGGCGUAGACUUCUGCAACAACUCGCUCAAAUUCCGAUAUCCGACGUCGGCUGAGGAAUGCCUUGACAUGUUCCUCGACAUCCUCCGCAGAUUGUUCCCGCCACUCAAAUACCUGGAGACGCAGUGCAGCACCGCCGCGAGAGAGUACGGGUGGGCAGGUUGCCAUUAUGGCAAAGACGUACAGACAACCAACUGGCCCUGUAACGAACACUCAAGCAGUAAAGCAACGUGCCAACCAAAUGACCAACCAAAGUGCGAACCAAAUUGCCAACCAAAAUCGCCGUUGAUGUCCUAUCUGAAUGACUGCUUACCUGGCCAUUUACCUCACGUGUUGAGUGACAUUGGCUGCAAAGCGAAAUGUAGUACCUGCCCGAGAUCGACGCCUGGAAUGCCCUGUCUCACUCCCCUAGGAUUCCGAGGUUUCUCCGGGACCAAGCGUGCAGGCAGAGACAUAAGUGACGUGCUAGGCAAAUUCUUUGACAACGGCAAACUCAAUGUCCUAUUCAGCUUGCAAGCUAAGACGCCGUCUACGUUACCGGAACACUUCGGUUUUGCAUUAUCCUUUGUAAAAGGGUGGAGUGAUGUGACAGAUACACGAAAUCAUAGCAUUAAGCAGUCCAUUGAAGCAUCCAUCACCGACCGGUCUAUUAAGCUAUAUGAGCCACCCAGCACGCUCACCGACAAACUUCGUGAUGCAUAUGGCAGCACGCAUAUUCCUUACCCCAAUAAGCAACAUCUACCUGCAUAUGCCGACUUGUCAAGUCUUGCGGUAGCAAAACCAUGUACGGUUAAGGAUGUCAACUGCGCUCCUUAUCUCUCAUCCCUAUGCAUCGAUACAUAUCAUCACCUUGCAAAGAAGCAAUCCAACACAUACCUCUCCUGGGCCAUCUACCUCCCGUGGACAUUCUGGGAUCUGCUCAACAAUCUCUACAACGCCUUCUGCUCCAUCAACUGCCAGGACUGGGGAUGCCGUGGAUGUCUCCGCGGUGACAAGUGCAAGAAGGGGGGGCAUGGUGUUGUUGAUACAGAGAAGCCAAAUAACAAAUGUCAGUGCACUUCCAUCGUCGACUGCAAAGGUGUCGCACCAACGCUCUACCAGUAUGGUUUCGUCUUUGGUGAAGCGUCGACGUUGAAUGACAAGGCAUCGCCGAAGAAUUGCUCCGAUUUCUGCAGUCAGUUGAAGAAUGUUUUGAAAUCGAAAUAUUUCGAGAAGCUGUUCGAAGAAUGUGACAACUUCCUUUGGAUCAUCAGACAACCCUUCAUCUGGACCACCGUCGCCCUCUGGCUCCUCUCUUUCCUCUACCUCCUCCACAUCAUGGUAAUCCGCCUAGACCUGCUCCACAUCAAAUCGCAUUUGCAUAGUCCAUCAUCACAUCGCAUAGCUGCUCAAUCACUACUUGCAGCCGCACGUGUUAACAAGCUUAACAGGGUGUUUUACCUGCAACCAUAA